UUAUUUUUAAUUAAUUAGUUACUCCGCAUGUCUUGAGUGUGUUUAACGAAUUAGAACGUUAUUCCUAAAGAUUGAUGUGGAGAGUAGAGAAGAGUAUAUAACAGUGUAGUUUCACAUUUCUUCUAGAUCUGUAAUGAUCUUCAUCUAUUCUUCAGUUCUGAACAUCCUUGCUCAGGUGACUACAGGAUCCCAAAUUAUUGAAACUCGGAAAGGAAACUUUUUCCUCCAACUUGAGCCUCAGAAUGGUAGAGGAUAUGGAAAGGGUUUGGAUGUCCGGAGGCCACCCAAGCCAACCGGAGGAGAUGAUUAUGCAGAAACCCCUCCACCCAGAGGUUACAGUUUGCAGCCUCCAAUCCCUAGAGGAUAUGCCUCCGAAAUAGAGUCCUCUAUUGACCCUACUAUUCAAACUCCAGAUCCGCUUGGAGUAAUUGAACCUGGAGUACUUGGACCUGGGGUACCUGGACCUGGAGUACCUGCUCCUGGAGCUGAAGGGUUUAAUAGCAAGCAGAAGAUUGAACAGGAAGCAAUGAAGAUUAUGAGUGAAACUAAGGCAGAAUUCCACGAUGAGAAAGAAGAUACCAAAUGUCAAUAUAAAAACUGGGGACCCUUUGCAGCAUGCUCUAAACUCGAAACUGGUAAAUGUCGUCAGGCGAGAGUAAGGGAACCCAUGUUUCCGGAACAAUGUGAUAGAUUAAGCAUUGAAGCUAAGGAAUGUAAUUGUGAAUCUGUAAUUGAUAACCCUGAAAACCCUACUGGAACUAACUGGGAGAAUAGAGAACCUAGCAAGGAAAGUUCUAAGGAUGUCAAAGAAACUACUGAAACCUUAAUGGAAAUGUCAUCUACAAAACUGUCUAAUAUAGGUUCAACCAUCCCUUUACAAAAAAUCAACUCAACUGAAUCUACUACCUUAGCUGCUGAUAUCAACCCAGCAGAAUAUACUACUGCAGCUGCUGCUGAGAUCAAUCCAGCUGAAUCUACUACUGGAGCUACGGCGGUUAUAAACUCGGCAGAAUCUACUACUGGAGCUGUUACUGAUAUCAACCCAGCUGAAUCUACUACUUCAGCAGCUGAUAUCAACCUAGCAGAAUCUUCUACUGCAUCAGCUGAUAUCAACCCAGCAGAAUCUACUAAUUCAGCUGCUGAUAUCAACCCAGCAGAAUCUACUUCUUCAGCUGCUGAUAUCAACCCAGCAGAAUCUACUACUGCAGCUGUUUCUGAGAUCAACUCAACUGAAUCUACUACUGCAGCUGCUACUGAGAUUAACCCAGCUGAAAGUUCUACAACUGCUUUCACUUCAGCUGACAAGAUAUCUUCAAAUGAAACUUCUACUACCAAUUAUGGUGAGACCAAUGCAGACAAAAUUACUACUGCUUAUGGACAUACCAACACAGAUGAAACUGCUACCACCGCUUAUGGAGUGACCAGCAAAGAUGAAACGUCUACUACUGCUUAUGUUGAGACCAACUCAGCUGAAACUUCUAAUACCCCUUAUGGAGAGCAAAGCAUAAAUGAAACGUCUACAACUGCUUAUGUGGAGACCGAUACAGAUGAAAAAGAUGAUACUGCUAAUGAAGAGCAAAACACAAAUAUAACUGCUACUACUGCAUAUGGAGAGCAUAAUACAACUACUGUAGCUAGUGAGAUUAACACAGAUAAAAGUACUGCUGAAAUCGGCGAGAUUAGCACAGAUGAAACUGCUACUACCACAGCAGAUAAUUAUACAAUUUUACCUAUCAUCCAAAAUGAAACAGAUGAUGCUGCACCAGGAGAUCUAGCAUCUACCAUAGCAUCAGAUUUGGAAACAACUGAAUCAGAGCAACCAACCACAAUGGCAUCUGAAAAUGGAGCAAAUGAGACAGCAUCUUCCUUGGGCCAAGAAGUAGAAACUAAUACAACAAAUACUGGAGAUAAAGCCUUGAAUAUGACCAUAUCACCUGAAUUAGGAGCAAACCACACUGAUCAAACUCAAUCUAGCACAAGUACAUCAGAAGCAGGAACUAAUGAAGGAGAUGAAUCAACAACAAUAGCAUCGACUGAAACAGGACCCAACAGAAAAGAUUCAGAUGAGUUAGAAGAUACUAGUACACUAGCAACAGCCACCACCUUGGGGUCAGAAAAUUGGACUUCUGGAAAAAAUGCUUCUGAAGAAUUAAAAAAAGGUUACACUGAAGAGAAAGUAGAUGAGGAAGGAUCAACUGGAGGUUAUGAUGAAGGAAGUGGAGACAAAGCGGAAGGAUCAGGCGAAGAGAGAAGAUGAAAAAUUUACUCAUGAGUCAUGACUAAUCAUUCUAGCAUCCAAAAUAUACUGGAAAAAUAAAUAUUUUAGCUCAAAUUAAUAAAUACUUUUUGUAGUACAGAAAAUAAAGAUUAAAAUUACA